CCUCGAUUGCAUGCUUUCCUGACAUCCGCAUCAAUGUAGCCGUCUUAGCUGAACUCUUUCUGGCUAUUUCACGUUGAAGGUAAGGCCCCUGAGAAUUUACUGUACUAGAAAGUCGUAGAAACCUUGCCGGAAUGAAAUGAUGGCCAUGCUGACCGUAUAAUUGUAGUGAAUAUUCUGAACGCCAAACUCGAAAAUCUGUCGUUGUUUUCAUUCGUAUUAAUGGUUUGUGUUUCUUUCUGUCAUAAAAAUCGUUUCUUCAGUGAUAUUAAGUGGAUUUUUAGUGAAAACAGUAGAGAUUUUGAGCUAUAAGAUAGAUAAUGCGUACUUUUUUUGCGAUGCUUGAAAACAUGCUUUACCUGAUGUUAACCUAAUUAACAAAGAUAUCGUAUGUUUAAAUAAUCGUGAUUUAGGUGCACGGACGCGAACCCAACAGCUUUCUGAAACGAAUUGCGGAGAACGCUGAAGGAAAUGGCUGAAGGCAAUCCACAUGGUCUUGAACCUUACACGAACAUGCAAUUUCGUAUGUAGCUCACAGAUUGAGCUAUUGCAUACCCAGUAAUUCUCAAAUCUCCUACAGUCAGGGAAUACCCAUGUUCCUGAUCGCAUAAUUUACCAGUUUACUUGUCAUCCGAGCAAAAUAGGACAUUUGCGGGACUAAAGUAUAUGGAAUACAGACCAAGAGUAGAGACUAAUAGUGUGCUGUUCCAUUGCUUUACUAUGUUCUAACAAAAGCGUUUAUACUUGAAGAAUUACGGUGCUGUAAACGAUCUGGUAGAUGCUCCCUCUCAGAUAAAUGCCUCUUGUCCAAGAAAUGCUACCUAUGCUGCUGUAGCUUUAUCAAAAAGAUAUGAAUGAUGAAUCAAAAAAAGAGGUUGAGUGCCAAAGUAUGCCUUGUGCCAAUGUCACAAAAGGAACUUCCCUCAAAUGCAUUGAAACAAUAUGAAGAGUUUGUGAGGAAAAGAAAUAGCAGUGUGCUUAAUGUAAACAAAGCUAGAAAUUCUCUAUGGACUGUUCCACCAUCUCAGGGUCCUUUCCUUGGAAAGCAUUGUCAUGCUGACACUGCCAUCACCUCAGUUACAUCAAAUGACUACACAAAUGAACUUGGUAUGCUUGCCAAAGAUAUUCUAACUGAUGAUGGUACAGUUUCUGACUCUGUUAGCCAAAUAUCUCCUAUGGACUUUCCUUGUUUAUCAGAAGUAAGUCAUGGUAACACAGAAUCUGUUUAUUCAAAGUCUUUGGUGACUGCAAGAAGAAAUUCUGUGGCUUCAUCAUCCUCAAGUGAAUCAGCACAUACUUCUGCUGGUAAAAAACUUACUGCCUCACUACACCUUACACCUAUAAUGUGGGACAGAUCAGGAUCCACUGGUACUCCCAUUCAUCUUGAAUGUAGUGAAACAAUGUCAGAUAUGACUGAUGAUUCUCCAUCUUCUGAGUCAGAAAGGGUGAAUAACUAUUCACAAUUUUCACGAAAUAAUUUGAAACAAAGAGAUCCUUCACACGAGGAAAUGUCCAUGACAUCAGUUGUAUCUGGGCAAAGUGAUUCUAGAUGGCAUCUGGAUGAAAGUGUCUUUCCUUCAAGUGUUGUUUCAUCUAAUGACAAUGCCGUGUGCGGCUGUGAAAAUUUAUCCUUUGACCUCAGCAGUUAUUCUCCUCCAUCAAGUCCAGUGUCAGAUGGAAAUGAAUCAAUUAUUUUGAACAAUUUUCCUAAUGAAGUCGAGGCCCCAAAUGAAAGAUGUCUGUCAGGAAAAAGGCAAAAACCUAUGAACUCAAAUACUAGCCUUCUCUCUCCUGAAAUAAAGCUUGUGCCUCUUCAAGAGAAAGCUGUUGCUGCGAGUAAGAAAAAGUCAUCACUUUCCAAUGGAAUUGUGUUUAGGAGAGAGUCUCCAAAUCCACUUGGAAAUCUUGUUGUCAAGGUGGAGGACAUUAAGGAAAAAUUAAAACCAUAUGGUGGAGGAGGUUUUACUCUUUGUGAAAGAGGACGGUUCACAAAUUCUGGGCGUAGAGUUGUAAAUGACUACUCUGAAAAAUCCCUCAUUAAUGCUUCUGUCUCACGUACCAUUCUAGCCUCACCAAAAGUAAAGAAACGUAAAGCUAGAUGCACAGUUCAAAAUUCCUCAAUGAAGAAAGGGAAGAAAGCAAGGCUCCAGCUAAGAAACUGUGCUAAAUUGAAUAACAAAGCACACCUAAAGUAUGAAAACUUGAAGUUUUCUGAAAUCAAUACUGUGUCCAGAAUGUCAGUUAGGUACAAAGUUGCUUUUCAAAAGUGGGGAUUUGUGUUUUCAGGUGCUUUAGACCUUAUUAAUCAGAGACUGGCAAAUCAAAAUGCCUUCUGGGAUUCAUUGGGGUCUGAUGGAUAGCAGUUUCUAUGUUUGGGUCUCUGAUGAUGGAAUUGAGAGAAAUGACUUGUUUUUUCUAAAGCUGAUCUUAGAAGCCCACAGCUGGCGAGAAUUUUAACAAUGUUGGUAGGAAUAUUUUUUUAUUGAAGUUUCAUAAAGAGAAUUCCUUUUUGUGGAGUGUUCAAGUCUGAAUGUGUCACACUACAUUGAUAACCAGCAUGAACGUACAUUUAGUUUGCAGCCGAACUUCGUUAUUAAACCAUAUGUAGGGGUUGUUGUGGAGAGAGUUGGUCUUUUUUUUCGAAUAAUUUUGAUAUUUUCUUUAAUUUAUUGAGCAGGAGGUUGCUUUUAUAAUGGUCACUCAUGCAAAUUUAAAGAUACAUAUGUAAUAACUUAAUUUCGAUGAAAUUACACUAAAAGAACUUUUAAGAGGCUAUGUUUAAGUAAGCAUAUUAUUACAAAUCACUUCAAGAAUAUAGCACACGCAAAAAUUGCUUACAACCAGAGCUAUUUAUUAUUGCUAUUAUUAUAAUUAUAUAAAUUAUUUUGUUACCUCAAAAAUUCAUUAUUUUGGUUUUCCAAUGAGAUUUCCAGUUGUAUAGUGUACAUAACUGCAAAGAAUAGUGUAGAUAUUAACCAUCCAUUAUAAAGAGCACAAAUUGGAUCUCUAUAGAAAUAAGGUAUUCUUGAUGCAUGCAUUGACUAAGAGUAGGUUGGCAUUCAGCUUAGAUACAGUUUAGUCAUUGAGAAGUGGCAUUUCAAUGAUCAAACAAAACUACAGAAAAUAUUUAUAGGCAAAAAUUAUAGUUAGUUCACAGGUAAGAGGUUUGGGUCAUGGGGUUGAAGGUGAAAUUGGAAUGCAUCAUUGAGGUCAGAACAAAAUUUUAGGGCGCUUAAGUGACAUUGUUCUGCUUCCAUACUCCAAGCCCUCCAGAUUUUGCUUUUAAUUAGCUUCAAUUACUUUUUUUGAGAGUAUAUAACAAGAUUUAGGAAGUCUCCUGGUGGCAAAUUUGUUAUUAGGGUAUGGAGACCACAAAUUCACCUUCUUGUUACAGAUAAUUCUAAACUAAUCUCGAAUGAGUAAGUUGUUUAAGAGUCUUAAACGUUUACCAUUGUGAAAGGUUUUGGAAUGAUUUCAUGCAAAUUAUGUCAGGAGCCUUAUACCUUUUGAAUCGUUUCCAGGUAAGUUCAGUAAGUUUUGCCAAUAUUGAUAUAUUUUUUUAUAACUCAUUGGUAUCUUCGCUGAGAACUUCAAUGCAUCAGUUGUGUCACGUUUGCUUCAAAUUGGGUUGUUAUUGUAUGUCGUGUGUCUGGAUUUUGCAUACUGACAAUUUUGACAAAUCAAAUAUUUUUUAUAUACUUCGGGUAUGUUAUAUGAAACAGACUGAAAGUGCUUAAUUUGUUAAGUUCCCAAACGAAUGUUGAAUGAACGAACUUCGUUUUAAAGAGUCAAAUAAAAAUAUUACCACAAAA